AUGGAUGAUGUUAAUUAUGAUUCGAUUUUUGGUAUUUCAGAUCAAGCAGUUGAUGCAGAAAGAAAUGCAACUGAUAAUCAAACAUCAGAAAAUUCGAAGCAUCACAAUGAUCCAAUUUCGAAUUUGAAUCUAAACCCAAAUGAAAAAGCUGAUGAUCCAGUGGAGGGGGAGCACUUGGAUUCAAAUAGUUUUGUUGAGGGGGAGCAUUAUAGUGCAAGAUAUAACAUGUCAACAAAUGUUAAUAUCGAAGAGGAGCCAUUUCUUGAAGAAGAGCCGAUCAAUGAACCAGAGAAAAAUAUCGAAACGGAGUCAAUCAUUGAGGGGGAGCCUAUACUUAAGAAUGAUGAAAAUCAUGAAGAAGAAAAUUUUGAUGAUGCUAAUGACUCAAUUUCCAUAAUUGGAUCAGAAACAGAUCAAGAAGAGAAGAAGAAGUCGAAGAAAUCAAAGAAGAUAGAGGGUGAGUCUUUGGAAAAAGGGGUGAAAGCAGAACAAAAGAAUCAAGAGCUAAUAGUUACAUCUCGAACUGUCGAAGAGGUGUCUCCUGUUUUAACUUCAGUGGCUGAUACACUGGUUAUUGAAGCCUCUCCAUCAAAAGAAAUGAUUCCUUCGAAGAUGGGGGUUUUUCGAAGAAUAAAAAUCAAGAGAAAAUCUCAGUUGGUAAAGAAAACACAGGUUACUUCCACAACUGAUUCUCCAACAUUCCAAUUUAUUAUGGAUCAACCUUUCACCACUAUAUUCUCAACACAAUCAACCGAUCCACCAAAUCCAUCAUUACCUGUUGCUGAAACCAUGGCUGUUGAUGAGGAAACUGAUAACGAAGGAUUUGGAGGAACAUUCGAAACUCUUUCCUUUGAUAAAGCUGAAGAAGAUUUCCCUGACCAUAUGCUGAUGAUGAUGAAGUAG